CAGAUUUAAAUUGAGAAGCUGCAUUUAUCUUACGUUUAUGAUUGCGAUAGAUCCAAAUCCAAAUUUGGAUCAUUAAAAAAGAAAGUCCUCUAUUCUUAAAUCAUUAUUCUAACCCAAAGAUUACCCAUUGACUAACCCAUAGAUAAAAUAGAACGUCCUCUAUUCUUAAAUCAUUAUUCUAACCCUUAAAUCACUAUUCUAUAUGUGCUCAUUAAAUAUUUCAAUGCCAAAAAAAAUUUAGUGGGAAUUCUGAUGUUUUGUUUGUCUGCCAAUUAGAGUUGGCAGAUUAGAGUAGAUUAGAGCUGAUACAACUGUGGCUCCCUGGCAGGUGUACAGCAGUCUUAACAAAACAGCAUUGUGGGGCGGGACACCGGGCCGGCUGCACGCUGGCCUGCACCUGCUCGCCCUGCACCAGCUGACAGGACAGGUCAUGGCCACAGCGGCCUACAUGACCUGGCUCAGCACUACAGACCGACAGUUUACAGAGACCUUGCAGAAAAUUCAAGAUGGCCGCCUCUUAGUCAUCUUGGGAGCGCCGGACUUCACGUUGUUCCUGGAGGAGGCGACAAUACGGGUGCUGGAGGAGAUGGGCGCCCUCUACAUCGACAGGUUGGCCUACAAGGACGUGUGGUGCCUGCUGGUGCACAAGGGCGGCGGGGUGCUGCAGGAGGCCCUCGUCACCUCGCUCCCACAACGCAACUUGAGCAAGUUCGAUGUGUCGCCGCUCACUCUUCAUGUUUCUGUACCUCGCAAAACACAACGGACGUGUGGAUGGUACGGAUCACAGGGAAUGGAAGAGAGAGCAGUCUUCUGCCAGACAUACGAAGGAUACGAUAACUUCUGCAGCUGUGACGACCCGCCCUGGUCCCCUCAACCACACUCACCCGUGGAGUACGAGAUGAAGGAGGUGAUCCCUGUGGCCAUAGUGACAGCUCGCCGGCUGCCCCACGUCCUGCGUCAGGUGGGGCAGGUGUGGGCCAGCCCCGGCGGCACCAACACACCCAUCACCAUCUUUGUCGACGGCCACAACCCCGAGGCCCAGGCGCUGGCUGCCCUCCUCCACCUCCCUCUAGUCCAACACUACGACGCCGUCCCCAGAGGUUCGACAAAUCGAAUCAGUUAUCAUGUAAGAUUUGUCUUAACGAAGGUGUUUGAGCUCUACCCUGAGGCCGACAAAGCUAUCAUCCUCGAGGACGACCUCGAUCUCUCUCCGGAUUUCAUCCCGUACUUCCACCAGACAGCGUCGCUGCUCGAGACAGACCCCAAGUUGCUGUGCGUGAACGCCUACAACUACAACGCCUUCAACCACACGGCCCUCGACCCCACGCGCCUCUACAGGGUCCACGGGUUUCCCAACUACGGCUGGAUGGUCAGGAAGGCAGUGGCCCAAGAGAUGGUCAGCAAGUGGGCCGCUUUAAACUCGGGUAUAGACUGGGACCAAUGGGUGCGAGCGGCCAUCAUGGGUGAUCGGGACAUCCUGGUGCCGGAGAUCCCACGCACCAAGCACCGUGGGGGAGGGGGAGUCCACGUCACCGGUAUAGAACAAGAGCAGUACUACAACCAGCGGCCCCUCAACGCUCUCCUCAACGUCACCCUCGACCUCCACGGGGCGGAGUUAUACAGAUACAUCAAGUUCCACGUCAACAACAUCAGGACGGCCAAUGUGGUGCGCUUUGCCCAACACCCGUGCAAGGAGAUCACCAUUCCCCGCCACCAGGUAAACCAGAGCUUCGUGGUGUAUGUCCAUCGGGAGGAGAUGUCCAACAAAACAGUGUGGUCUCACUACGUCGCCUCCAGGUGUCUGGGCUUCAACGAUCGCAACUCCUGCGACCAUCUUCAGAUGAUGUAUACCGGCUCCUUCUACGGCAACCAGUUGUAUAUCAUCAUGUGUCCCUUCUCCCCUUACUGCCUGACGAAGGAUCCAGCGGACGUGUACAAGGUGACGGAGGAGGACGUGACCUACGCCACCUACCACCCCUUCAGGGACACCACGACGACGAUGACGCUGUCUGAGCGGGUCACCCCCGUCUCCCUGGCUGACGAGGUCAACCUCACCAACCUCGUCUACUCGCAGACCCGCGUCACAAUUACCGAGAAUUGAAACCGUUGGGCGCGUUUCCUGUCACCCAAUGCCUCUGUUCACCUAGCAGUAAUUAGGCACCCAGGAGUUAGUCAGCUUGUUGUGGGAUCGCAUCCUGGGAAGGGUCAGUAGUUCGACCUAGGGGGGGGGGCUUGAUAUAAGCCUAAUAUGUAUAAAUACACUGGCUGCCUGUCCCCCGACACAAUGAAUUAUUAUUGUUAAUAUUAAAAUGGUCAGUAACACGUAGGAAAUGAAAGUGACGACGUGUCAGUCCGUCCUGGACCCGUGUCAUGUCACGUGUCACGUCACGUGUCACGUCAUGUGUCACGUGUCACGUCACGUGUCAAGUCUCGGACCUCACUGAGUCCCGGACGUCAUCAAGUCGCAGGAGCAGAGUGGGAGAAGGAGUCGGCCUUAUAUUGGCUUCCUCGACCAUUGUUGGUAUGUCACGACUUGAUAAUGGUCCUGGACUUGAUAAUGGUCCUGGACUUGAUAAUGGUCCUGGACUUGAUAAUGGUCCUGGACUUGAUAAU